GUGUGUGUGUGUGUGUGUGCAGUAUGGAGGAGUGUGAAGCACUUUGCACUCGUAUGGCCAUCAUGGUGAAUGGUCAGUUCCAGUGUUUGGGCUCCAUCCAGCACCUCAAGAGCAGGUUUGGUGACGGAUACACGCUGAUCGUGCGUGUGUGUGCGGAUGUGUCUGAUCUGGAUGCUCUGGAGACGUUCGUGAAGGAAACGUUUCCUGGAAGCGUCCUGAAGGAGAAACACCACAACACACUGCAGUACCAGAUCCCACCAGCGGACGGAGCGCUCACACACAUCUUCAGCCAGCUCAGCACACACCAACACACACUCCGGGUGGAGGAUUACUCUGUGUCACAGACCACACUGGACCAGGUGUUUGUGAGUUUUGCUCGGCAGCAGCGAGACGAGGAGGACGGAGCGUUCGACAACAGUGUGGAUCUGAGUGAUGAAAUACAAACAUCAGCAACAUGAAUCAAAACAACGCCAGAUCCAGACAGUUCUUACUAGCACUUUAUUAGAGUUAGAGAUUUAUUUCACAUCACACGCUGCAAAAAUGCCUUCCCUACUUUGAGUUUUGGCCUUGUUUCUAGUCCAAAUAUCUAAUGUGUCUUAAAUCAAGAAGACGACAUCGUCCUGGAAGUCAAAAACACACAACUGCAGUGAAUAUACGCGUCAAAAUACAGGUUUCUGUACGCAAAUGACAAAAUACUCGAGCCAUUUAUAGUAAAUACUGUAGUGUUUUUGAACAAUGCUAAUGUGAAGUGCUUGAAUAAAUCUGUUGUGGUGAUUCUACAGUUGCUAUGGUAACCAGUUGCUAUGGUAACGCAGCAACUAUAAUAAC